AUGUUCAUACACCCCGACGCCGACGAUGCGUCGUCCUGCGGGCCAUCCACGGCCUGCUCCCCAGACGCGUCCACCCUUCUCUCAACCACUCUCGCCCUCACACCAGUUCUCGCAACCUUUGCGCUCGCCUCCUCCCUCGCCCUAACCCGGCUCUUCCCUUACCUCUCCCGUCUCCAGCAGCAACAGCAACAAUACCAGCAAUCGCUCUCCCCUUCCUCUGCGAAACACGCCGCCAGCUUUGGCGUCGACAGCGGAGGGAUCCCUCUAGAUGACGGCCAGGAACACUUCCUGCCGACCUCGGCGCCCCCUUCGUUGCGCCAAGCCCAUGCUGAGCAGGCCGCUCGCUCGCCACGACGGCGUCUUGCCGCGGUGGCAUUUGCGACGACGCUUGGGCUGGCGGCUGUGCUUGCGGAGUUGAUUUUGGCGGAGAUUUUGGAGUUGCAGGGUGCUGUAUUGGGCGCGCGGGCACGCGCUGUGGGGCUGCGGGUGACGGUGCCGACGUUGAUGGGGAUGCUGGUCGGGGUUGUGCCGUUUCUCGCGGCGCAGAGUGUGCUGGCGUCGUGGGGGUGGCGGUUUGGAAGGGAUGCGAGGGGACGGUUGGCUUCGCGGGCUGCGUGGGGGAUGUUGGGAGCGGUGUUUUUGGGGUGGUUGGGUGUGUUUUGGUUGAUAGGGCGCGUGGUGACGGGGAAGAUCGCCGGGGGAGGAGGUGCAGGCGAAGAGUUGUGGAAGUCUGUUGGGAUGGCGAGGGCUGAGGGGUCCGGAGGCGGUCCUACGGGGUGGUUUGACGCGACGGCGAUGACGCUUGGGAGGGGGAAGGUGGGUGGUUUUGGGGCGAAGGGAUUUGGAGCGAGCGGGGAAGGGGGUUUGUCGAGGGCGUGCUUGGAGAGGGUGGGCGUGAUCGGCAUCUCGCUGAUGGCGCUACUUUCAGGGUUUGCGAGUAUUUCUAGUCCGUGGCAUACUUUUGUUGAUGACCGGAUGUACCGCAAACGGCCGAUCACAGACGCAGACAUUGCGCGGAAGCAAGCUGGUCUGGACGCCACGAGCGAGCUGUUGAUGACGAAGCGGCACCGGUUACGAUCUCUACAACGAAAAGCGCAGGUGGUGUCUGAGGGAGUUGGGGGCGGUACAGCACACGGCAUGCCAGCGCCCACAACAGGAAACGGGCUCAUGGGCAAGGUCAUCGGCUCCCUCAAGACCAUGACCGGCGGUGGCGAAGCCGGCGAGCUGCGCGCUCUUCAAUCCGAAAUCUCGGCCCUUGAAGCCAUGGAAUCCAACCUCGCAGGUACCCUCUCGACGCUCAAAUCCCGCCAAGCAGCCCACGCCCUCGAUGGCACCCCCGUCGGCCGCUUACUCGCCAUCCCGCGCUACAUUUUCGCCACAUACUGCGUCUACCGCAUCCUAGCGACCUCUCUCACCACCCUCCACCGCAUGUACUCUCCCUCGACCUCGUUCUCCUCCUCCGACCCGAUCAACCGCUUCCUCGGUCUGCUCGCGAAACACUGGGACCCCAAACUCGACCAGAUCGCCUGGGCGCGACAAAUCUCUUUCCUCCUAUCCGGUGUCAUCCUCGCGGCCAGCGCGGGCUCGGUCCUCCAGACCUUCCGGAUCUUCGCCAAGUGGGCGCCCGGGUUAUUCCACCAAGCCCAGGCCAACCUGGCGCUGCUGGUCGGUCAGGUCACCGCGACGUAUGUGAUCAGCGCGGCGCUGCUGAUGCGGAGUAACUUGCCGCGGGACGUGGGACGGACCGUGGGGGAUGCGCUGGAGAGUGCGCUGGAACCUGGGUUUGUGGAUCGUUGGUUUGAGGGGUGGUUUUUGUUGGCGAGUGUUGGGACGGCGGCGGGGAUUUGGGUUGGGAGGAAGGUUAGUGGUGUUGGGAGUGGUGGGUAUGGAGAGGACUGGGAUGAGUUUGCGGGCGAGGAGAUGGGACAGAAGAGGUCAUGA